ACGCUUCUUUUAAAACUUUCCCAUUCCAAAUGUUAUCUUUACAGCCUUUACAUCUCCUGCAGGGUUUGCAGAGGACUCUCCUGCAGCUUGUUUAUUUACCUCCACCAUGCUCCCUUUGCAGACAGGCUGCGGGUAUACUAGUCACCAUAACAUGGUUUUGCAUGAUGACAAAAGAACAACUGUUGAACAGAAUUCUCUAAGUGGAGCUAUGCCAAAAGAAGUUGCUUGUUCACCUUGUAUUGAAGAAGAAAUUCCUGGAGUCGAUGCAGAAAGCAAUAAAGCUAUGGCAGAUAAUUCCAAGCUAGAAACUGCAUCUGUAUUAGGAGAAGACUUAGUGAUGCUCUACAAGAAGUGUUGUUGUCCAGAUAUUACUAUUUGCAUAGAAGGCACAGACUUUCAAGCUCACAGGGCCAUUUUAUGUGCCAGAUCUAGUUACUUUGCUGCUAUGCUGAGUGGAAGUUGGGCUGAAAGCUCCCAAGAGCACAUCACUCUUCAAGGCAUAAACCACGUAGAAAUGAGUGUCAUCUUGCAUUUUAUAUAUGGAGGUAUUCUGGACUUUCCAGACAAAGUUGAUGUUGGUCGCAUAUUGGGCAUUGCAGAUAUGUAUGGACUAGAUGGGCUGAAAGAAGUAGCUAUCUACAUCUUGAAAAGAGAUUACUGCAAUUUUUUCCAAAAGCCUGCUCCUGGAAAACAGCAACCUGUGCUAGAAUGCAUGGCUAUUGCUCAUUCAUUGGGAGUGGAAAAUCUAUAUGCUGCUUGCAUGAAAUUUCAGGUGAUCACUGGCUAUCAGUGA